AUGACAAAAGGCCGCUCCUCUCUCCAAGCCGGUCUCGACAAAGAAGUGUACCAAGUUGUGCGCAAAUAUCUCGACGACAAGAACGAAUCGCCAUUGAAGCUACGUCUUUCUGCCGUAUAUGACUAUAUCCAGCGCUCCAAUUCGAGUCUGAAAAGAAGACCCAAGAAGCAGUUGGAGGACUCCAUUGAUCGCGUAAUCGACGUCAUACGGGAAGACGAAGAAUCCGGCGACGAAGACGAGAUGGCCGAACUGGAGGGCGACUUCGCCAUGGACGAACCAAAAGAGAAAAAUGAUCGAUCGAGUGAUUGGAUGAAUCGCCAGAUUGUCAAUCAGUGGGCAACUCCUGCCAAUGGCAAUGGCGAGAAGAGUGAAAAGAGCAAGAAGCGGGAUGGGGGCAAGUCGAAAGAGGAACGCGAUAGCAAGAGGCAAAGGAAGGCAGCAGAGGCGGCGCGUGACAGCAAGAUCGAUACUGCAGCACCUACAGACAUGACCUUGGAUGAUCUUGGUGGCGUCGGGAAGGUCAAGGAACAGUUAAAAGAGCAUUUGGUAUUACCUCUGCUGAUGCCACAGGAGUAUGCCGAACGUAAGAUCCCUAUACCCCGUGGCAUACUCCUUCAUGGACCACCUGGAUGCGGCAAAACCGUCAUCUGCAGAGCGUUUGCUGCCGAACUAGGUGUGCCCUUUAUUGAGAUUCUAGGUCCUUCCGUCGUUUCAGGCAUGUCUGGAGAGUCCGAAAAACAGGUUCGUGAGCAUUUCGAAAAGGCCAAAGAAGUCGCUCCAUGCCUCAUCUUCAUCGACGAGAUUGAUGUCAUUGCGCCCAAGCGGGAUAGUGCACAGAGUCAGAUGGAGAAGAGGAUUGUUGCACAACUACUCAUCUCCAUGGACAGCCUCGCAAUGGAAGGCAACAACGGCAAGCCUGUCAUCGUACUCGCAGCCACAAACCGUCCGGAUAGUCUAGACCCGGCUCUUCGACGUGGGGGUCGAUUCGAUACCGAGAUCAACAUUGGCGUACCAAACGAGCAGAUGCGGCGGUCCAUACUUCAAGCGCUCACGCGUCAACCAAAGUUAUCUCCAGAUGUGGACUUUGACAUAUUGGCAAAGAGAACAGCUGGAUUCGUUGGCGCGGACUUGAAGGAUCUCGUCAGCAAAGCAGGCAUGUGGUCCAUGACUCAAUUCCGGGCAGCACUCGAAAAGCAGGCAGCUAUUGCAGAGACUACGAUGGAGAUCGACAAUGAAAUUUCCGCGCAACUAGACUCGCAAGUCGACCAGUCGAUUCGUCGUUUAAUUAUGCGAGCAAAGAAUGCAGACGCUCCGCGCCCCGAGGGAUUUGAAAACACAUCCCUUUCUAUGGAAGCCUUUCAGGCUGUCCUACCAACUAUAACUCCUUCUUCAAAGCGAGAAGGAUUCACAACGGUACCGAAUACCACAUGGGACAACGUUGGAGCACUUUCUGGCAUUCGGCAAGAGCUGGAGAUGGCUAUAUGCGAGCCAAUCAAAGACCCAGCUAAGUUUGCCAAAUUUGGCAUCUCGGCACCUACUGGGGUGCUACUCUGGGGUCCUCCAGGUUGCGGUAAGACGCUCUUGGCAAAGGCAGUGGCUGCAGAGUCAAAGGCAAACUUUAUCAGCGUCAAAGGGCCAGAGCUGUUGAACAAGUAUGUUGGUGAAUCCGAACGCGCUCUUCGACAGGUCUUUAUGCGAGCUCGGUCCUCAGUCCCCUGCGUCAUCUUCUUCGACGAGCUUGAUGCUCUUGUCCCCAAACGCUCCGCCGAGCUCCACGAAGCCUCUGCGCGCGUCGUAAACACUCUCCUUACCGAACUCGAUGGCCUUUCCGAGCGCGAAGGCAUCUAUCUCAUCGCCGCAACCAACCGGCCUGAGAUGAUUGAUGAAGCCAUGCUUCGGCCCGGCCGCCUGGAAACCCUCCUCUAUGUUGAGCUGCCCAAGCCAGAAGAGCGUGUGGAUAUUCUCAAGGCUCUUAUUCGUCAACGUGGGGGGCUUAUUAGCCCCGAGCUGGCCGAAAUAGCUAGGCUAGAUGCUUGUAAGGACUUCUCCGGUGCUGACCUGGAGAGUUUGUUGCGCAAGGCGGGGCAACAUGCCUUGAGAAGACGCGGAGAUUCAGUAGAGUAUAUCGACUUCGUGGAGGCAGCCAAGACCGUACGGCCUAGUGUUGGUGAUGUGAAGAAGUACGAGCGUCUACGAGAGAAGUUCGAAACGAAACUGUUUUAG